AUGUCAACCUCCCUGGCCCUCAACGCCUUCACGCAUCCCCACCCCUGGGCACCCACCACCAUCCGCCUCUCGCCCACUCCAUCUCUCAUCUCUGCUCAAGCCUCAAUAACACACCAACUCUACAUCCUAGACUGCCGCGGUCACGAUGCACGCGACAUGCAACGAACGCUAAACUACAUCACAGCCGAGCUGCGGAUGCGAGAGAUCGAAGACUUGGCUCUAGCAGAGGCCAGUCGCAAGAUCGCAAGUGCGGAGGGCAAAGACGACAACACGGAACCCUGGAUCAAGAAAAAGGACGGAGGUGCACGGAUGCGGGAAAUGGAAGAUGAAGAUAAGCGCUGGGAGAAGGACAGUGGUGGAAACCCGCGGUGGGGUGAAGGUAGGACUGCGCAUUUGUACGGCAAGUAG